GUGACGCACACUCUUGACGUCGACUAGUGAACCGCGCGGGGAAACUGAUGUGAAGUUUAUCCUGCAGCAAAGGAUUUCUGUGUCUCGAAAACUGAAAAAUAAAAUCAGUAAUUUCUCAUUAAAACAUCUGCUCCAGUAAUAGAUACUAAUACAGAUGUUUUAUUAUAACCAGAGGAUGUCUGUGACGCUGCAGUGUCCUGGUUACCCUGAGGACACACUGCGCUCUCUGGCUGACAGACUGCCCUGCAGGGAGACACAGGUGACGUCACUGCUGUCACUCAUGGGACAGCCAGAUCAAUACAGUUAUCCUUCAAUCUUCAUCUAUGGCCACAGAGCAACAGGAAAGAGUCAUGUGGUGCUCACCAUCAUGAAAGAUCUGGAGCUCCCCCAUGCUUCAGUGGACUGUGUAGAGUGUGUGUCCGGAGGACUGCUGUUUCACCAGGUGUUGUCUGCCUUUUUCGGGCCAGAUGCUGGAGCAUUGCUCCCUCGGUGCCCGUCUUUGUCAGAUUUUGUGCGACUGUACAAACAGAUGAGCUCCAGCACACCUGCUACACAGACACGCUAUAUAAUUCUGGACAGAGCCGAACGCAUGAGAGAUAUGGAUUUCAGCCUGCUUCCUGCUCUUCUGCGCCUACAGGAGCUGGUAAAUGAUAAUGUGACUGUUAUCUUGCUCAGCGAAAUUGUGUGGGAAAAGUUUCGGCCCAACACUGGCUGCUUUGAACCUUUGCUCUUUCAUUUUCCAGACUACAGUAAAGCGGAGCUUGUGCAGAUUCUGUCUCGGGAUCAUCACCCAUCCUACACACCUGAACUCUACGCUUCCUACAUAAACAUCCUGCUGGGGGUCUUCUUCUCAGUGUGCAGGGAUCUAAGGGAGCUCAGGCACCUGGCUGUCCUGAAUUUUUCAAAGUUUUGUGAACCCUUGGAGAAAGGAGAAGCCAAAGAGAGUGAUAUUCACAAGUUAUGGAAAAACAUUGAGCCCCAUCUGCACAGAGCCAUGCAGACGGUUUACCUCCGAGAGGUGUCCAGCAUGCAGUGGGAGCAGCAGCAGAUGGACGAGAAGGAGGCCACGACGCUCAGAGGUUUAUCAGCACACGCUCACAUAGAGCUGCCGUAUUACUCCAAGUUUCUGCUGAUUGCUGCGUACCUGGCAUCCUUUAACCCUGCCCGCACAGAUCGACGCUUCUUCCUCAAGAGUCACGGGAAAAUAAGAAAGACUAAUUUCCUGAAGAAACAUGAGAAGACUAGUAACCAUCUGUUGGGACCGAAGCCUUUUCCUCUUGACAGACUGUUGGCCAUAUUCUACAGUGUGGUUGAUAGCAGAGUUGCACCUACAGCCAGUGUCUUCUCACAGAUUUCGUCUCUAGUUACUCUGCAGCUUCUCUCUCAGGUGGGGCAUGAUGACCAGCUGGACUCACCCAAAUACAAAUGUGCCGUUUCUCUGGACUUCAUUCUUGCAAUCUCCAGAACUGUAAGCUUCGAUGUGGUGAGGUAUCUGUAUGACUUCCUGUGAGCCUGCUGCAGUGGAUAUGAAGCAGGCAUCUGAUCAGGCAAAAUCACUUGGGAUUACUUGAAUGGACUGCAGGAUGAAUAAAUGAUGUUACAGGAACUUCCUGCAUUCAUUAGUCCAACCAGAAAAUACUCAGUUUAAAGAAGAGACUCAUCCCUCCAGAGGAAAUUUGAUGGGUUUGGUGUGUUAUUAUGUGACACAAGUUAAAAUUGUUCUAAUAAAAACUGUAUAUUUUGUUAUA